AGAUGGGCCGCUUGUAGCAGCAUGCCGCCGAUGGCAACUCCUUGAGGCUCAGCAUCCGCCUCAACCCGGUAAAAUCAUUGUGAUAUGGCCUUAUGUGUUCUCUAUCAUUGUGCAGAUUUCUAAUUUAUUUCAUUUUACAGGAACUUUUAAAACUAUGUAUUUUUUAAAUACUAAUUGUACUUCACAUUCUCUUGAUAUGGCUUUUGAACUGGGAACCCCUUACUGAUACUUUUGAUUCAGAAUAUCUGGCUUUCUCCUUGGUGUUUGAAGUGUUACUCCAAUGUCGAACCAUAGGUAAGACUUAAUACACUAGUCUCAUGGUUUUCCAUUAUCAUACAGAAUUCUAAUAUCUAUUUCCUUUUCUCCAGGAGCCUUCAAUGUUGAUAACUUUUUAAUACACAUGAGCAAAAAUGUUUCAAUGUUUUUAUUGUCCAUGGACAACUGCUUCAUUCAAAGAAUAUGUGUCACAUCGUGCUCAUCACCGCCACAUAAAUGUACACAGGUAUCAUUGUGGCCUGCGACAGUGUUAUUCUGCUUUAAGCAGUGAGAGGUUGCUGAGACUUCAUAUUAUCAGAAAGCACAAUUUAAAAGUAAGCAAGCUACAUAUCCAAGCUUCUGAAACUAUUGGUGCUACAAAUGCCUUUGGGAAAUAUAUUUGUACUGUGACAACUUGCAAAAAAGAACAUGACAAAUAUCGUGAUUUUAUUAAACAUUUGAAGAGCCACAUGACCAAGAAACAGGUAGUAAAGUGCCCUUUUGCUGAGUGUCCAGCAGUUUAUCGUAAUGUGAAAUCAUUUACUGCUCAUUUGUCAAGAAAUCAUAGAGGCGUGUGUUUAGCCCCAAGUCAGAACACGCCAUUGUUGGCCAAUUCAAAUGAAGAUGAAGAGGUGGUCUCUCAAGAUGAUAUUCAGAAUGACAACGAUGUGGACUUAUUAUUUUUAAAUGACUUAAGUGAGAGGACUUCCAACAUCCCUAGUACAUCCAUAUCUGAAAGUGACUUGAUCCUCCAUAAUUUGGCUCAAUUUUGUAUGCGACUGGAAUACCACUACUUAGUGCCUGAAACAGUAGUUCAAUAUUCUGUGACAGAAAUGUUUAAAGUUCAUGCUCAAGGGCAGGCUUUUUUAAGAGAAGAACUAACUAAAAAUAUGAGAAAUGAAAAGAUAUCAGAAGAAAAGAUGAAGUCUAUACUAGACAAUUCAUUUGCAAGAGAUCCCUUUAAAAUGAAUUUUGAUUCAAACUUAUCUUCUACUUAUAGAAGAAAAGAAUAUUUUAAGAAGAUGUUUACUUUUGUAAAGCCAGAGAAGGUGGAAUUUUUUAAACCCGUGAAGAACUCUUGUGGGAACAUUGUUAAUGUUAAGAAGUUUUUUUAUUAUGUUCCAGUACCUGAUACACUUGAGGCAUGCUUGAAAGACAAGUCUCUUAACAUAAAACUUGUUCCUCCUACUUUUAGCAAAGAUGGAUUUUUAGUUGAUGUCACUGAUGGGGAAGUAUUUAAAAAUAACAAAUUCUUUCAAGAGAAUCCUACAGCAUUUUGCUUAGCUUUGUAUCAAGAUGGAGUAGAAAUAGUUAAUGCCAUUGGACCAGCCAAGAGGAAACAUAAAUUACUGGCUAUUUACUUAGCAAUUUUAAAUCUUCCUGAACACCUCCGCUCUCAUAUUAAUUCUAUUAAGCUUGUAGCUUUGUGCAGAGAAAAAGAUUUUGUCCAUGAUGCAGUUUAUGGGAGAAUUGUUGAAGAUUUGAAGAAGCUGGAAACAGUUGGAAUUAAUGUACCUGACCUUGGAAAUGUGAAAGCUGGUCUGUUGUUUAUCGCUGGUGAUAAUUUAGGCAGCCAUGGACUUGGUGGGUUCCUCGAAAACUUUAGCAGAUCUAUAUACUUCUGCCGCUACUGUAUUAUUGACAGACCUUCAUUUAAAAGAGCUGGUGGUGAGAGUCGAGUGUUCACAGCACGUACACCUGCAAUGUACAAUGAAGCUGUGCGAAAGGGUCAGGGUAAAAAAUCUGGCUAUCAAGGUGUCAAGUUCAACUCUGUCUUCAACUCCCUCCAGAGCUUUCACUGCUGUUCCCCUGGCCUACCCGGAUGUUUCGGACAUGACCUAAUGGAGGGCAUUUGUGCUUUUGAUUUGAAACUCUACAUUGACCAUUUCAUCGCCGAGGAGUGGUUCACUCUUUGUGAACUUAAUGAAGCAAUCAACUCAUUCCCUUAUUCAUCACGAGACAAGAAGGACAAGCCUAUCCCUGUUCAGGAAGGUAGUGAAAGAGUUAAAGGCGGGGCAUGGCAAGUGUGGACACUACUUCGACUUCUUCCCCUGAUUAUCUUGGAGCAUGUACUUGAUCCUACAGAUAGGUAUUGGAAAGCACUGUUAUUAUUGCUAGAAAUAGUGGAAAUUGUGUGUGCUCCACAAAUUCACAAGUCUCAUUUGCCGUACCUACAGUUUUCUAUUGAUGAAUACUUGACAUUAAGAAGAGAACUGUUCCCAAAUGUUGUCCUUCGACCUAAGCAUCACUAUCUUACCUACUAUCCAGAGCUUAUUUUAAAGUUUGGGCCUCUAAUUAAAUGUUGGACCAUGAGAUUUGAAAGUAAACAUACUUUCUUUAAAAGAAUUGCCCGGAUGAUAAGAAAUUUCAAAAAUAUUUUGUUUUCUUUCAGUCUCAAGCAUGAGCUACUUCAGUGUUAUCUUAGAACUGGUGCCGAUACUGUGUUACCUUUGGAAGUUUUCAAAGCUUCUGAUUUUAUUCCUUCUCACUACUCCCGUCUUAUUGUAAAUAUUGUUAUGAAAUCAAUGAAGUCCCUCUCUAAUGUGCAGCUUUGUCAGUCUGCUAAGUUCAAAGGCACCAGUUAUGCCAAUGGAGAUAUUGUCAUUUUAAGUCAAGAGAGCUAUCAGUGUGACUUGUCUUUUGGACGAAUAAUUUUUAUCUUAUUUGAUUGCAUUGAAUCAGUUUUUUUUGUCUGUGAAAAGCUAGAGACCCUGUUUGACAUUAGUCAAAGGCUUUACAGACUUGGCAGUGUAGAAGGAUAUGUGUGUGUGAAGCCAGAAUCUCUGCUCAGUUACUAUCCCCAUCAUGCCUAUGAAAUCAACAGUCAACAAUAUGUAAAGCUGAAACAUGCAAUUGUUUGCACACCAGAGUAA